CCUGCUUCUGACUGGGGAGAGUAAAUCAACUCUGCAGGCCCCUUUCCGAAAGCUCAUUUGGAACAGACUCCUGCCUGCAGGUUCCCAGCCUCCCAACUUCCUGGCUGUCCCCGGGGUCCACGGGCAGCAGACCAGGUCUCAUGAAAACCUCAAAGGCAUCCCAGCGCUACAGGAGCAUCCGGAGAAAUGCCAGCCAGUGCUACCUCUACCAGGACUCCCUGCUGCUUGGUAACUCGGAUGACAGCUUUAAUGCUGAUGAAACGGGGGACAGCAAUGAUCCAGAACAAAUCUUUCAGAGUAUACAGUUCCAGAAAGAUCUCAUGGCAAACAUCCGCUGCAGACCCUGGACCAUGGGACAGAAGCUGCGGGCACUGAGACGAGCAAAGGAGAUUAUUCUGAAGUUUGAAGGGAGGCUGACUAGGACCCGAGGCUACCAAGCAGCAGGAGCAGAGCUCUGGCGGAAAUUCGCCCGCUUGGCCUGUAACUUUGUGGUCAUCUUCAUCCCUUGGGAAAUGAGGAUAAAGAAAAUUGAGAGUCACUUCGGAUCUGGUGUGGCCUCCUACUUCAUCUUCCUGAGGUGGUUAUUCGGAAUUAACAUAGUGCUCACAAUGAUGACAGGUGCUUUUGUUGUCAUUCCUGAGCUGAUCGCAGGCCAGCCCUUUGGAAGUACAGCCAGCAAGACUAUCCCCCAGGAGCAGGUCAUGUCUGCGCAAGAUCUGGACACUGUCUGGUCCCUGGGGGGCUACCUUCAGUACUCUGUCCUGUUCUACGGGUACUAUGGAAGAGAGAGGAGGAUUGGGAGAGCAGGCUACCGCCUGCCCUUGGCAUAUUUCCUGGUGGGGAUGGCAGUGUUUGCCUACAGCUUCAUCAUUCUCUUAAAAAAAAUGGCUAAGAACUCCCGCACCAGCCUGGCCAGUGCCUCCAAUGAAAACUACACCUUCUGCUGGCGGGUAUUUUGUGCCUGGGAUUACCUCAUUGGGAACCCAGAGGCAGCAGAGAGCAAAACAGCUGCCAUCGUGAACAGCAUUAGGGAGGCCAUACUGGAAGAGCAAGAAAAGAAAAAACACAAAAACAUGGCAGUGACUGUCUGCCUGAGAAUCAUUGCCAACAUCCUGGUGCUCCUGUCACUGGCUGGGAGCAUCUAUCUCAUCUACUUUGUGGUGGACCGGUCCCAGAAGCUGGAGCAGUCGAAGAAGGAGCUGACACUUUGGGAAAAGAAUGAGGUGAGUGUGGUGGUCUCCCUUGUCACCAUGCUAGCACCAUCUGCCUUUGACCUCAUCGCUGCCCUGGAGAUGUACCACCCACGGACAACACUGCGUUUCCAGCUAGCAAGGGUCCUGGUACUGUAUCUAGGAAAUCUCUACAGCUUGAUUAUUGCUCUUCUGGACAAAGUGAACAGCAUGAACAUUGAGGAGGCGGCUGCCAAAAACAUCACAAGCCAUUGGGCAGAUCCUUCCAACUUCUAUGCCACCAGAGCAGUGCCUGAAGAAGGGCAAUGGUCCACACCUGGGACAGGAGUGGAGCUCAGGAGAAACACCAGCACGUGGGACUUGGAAGACACAAGCAUUCUGACUACGGCUAUACCACACACCAAGGCCAACAAAACGGUGUCCUACAUGCAGAGCCCACAAGGACAGUGCUGGGAGACAUAUGUUGGCCAGGAGAUGCUGAAGCUGUCUGUCAUUGACAUGCUCUUCACGGUGGCCAGCAUCCUCCUCAUAGACUUCUUCCGGGGACUUUUCGUUCGCUACCUAAGUGACUAUUGGUGUUGGGACCUUGAAAGCAAGUUUCCUGAAUAUGGGGAAUUCAAGAUCGCUGAGAAUGUGCUGCACCUGGUCUACAAUCAAGGCAUGAUUUGGAUGGGGGCCUUCUUCUCUCCAUGUCUACCAGCCUUCAAUGUUCUCAAGCUCAUUGGGCUGAUGUACCUGAGGAGCUGGGCGGUGCUGACCUGCAAUGUACCCCACCAGCAAGUGUUUCGAGCCUCCAGAUCCAACAACUUCUACCUGGCGAUGCUCCUGUUUAUGCUCUUUCUCUGCAUGCUGCCAACUAUCUUUGCUAUCGUCCACUACAAGCCGUCUCUGAACUGUGGCCCCUUCAGUGGACAAGAGAAGAUCUAUGACAUUGUGUCAGAGACAAUAGAGAAUGACUUCCCUGCAUGGUUUCACGUUGUGGUUGGACACAUCAGCAGCCCUGUGGUGAUACUUCCUGCUGUACUGCUUCUCUUCAUGCUCAUCUACUACCUCCAGAGCAUCGCAAGAUCACUGAAGCUCAGCAGCCAGCAACUCAGGAUGCAGAUCCAAAACGCAAGAUCUGAAGAUAAGAAAAAGGUUGCUCAAAUGGUAGAGGCUCGAAUCCAGACUCAUGAAGAAAGCACCAAGAGGCUUCUAAAGGAUGGUGACCUCAUCAGCCAGCUGUCCUCAGCAUACAUGGCAACAACCCAAAACAAUGGCACCAUGGUCAACUUUGACUCUCUGAGUACCAAGAGCCUCAGGAUGGAGCCAGUCACAAGGUCCCUGCCCCAGAGUCCUGGGAAAGUGUCCAGGGGCCCCUGCUCUCCUCUUCCUGGUGGAUCUAGAUCAAGGCCAGAGCAGGACACCAGUAGGUAUCCACAUGGACCGUGUGCCAGCACAGGCAACCUCCAUAAGAACAAAUCCUGCACAUCUGUGACACAGACACAGCCCCUCAAGGGUGUUCGCUCAGAGCCUCUUUCCCGAAAAGACUUUCAGCCAAUCAGACCUCAUUUCUGUGGUCCUGGGGUCUCUGCCCUGACGAUACAUGGCCACAGACCCCGUGCUCCCAGACACUAUGUUGUAAAUGAACAUAACUGUCACAAAAAGGCCCACCCGACUUUCUGGCCAGAAAGACAUUUCAAGAUAGAUGCUUUAGGUGACAUUGUAGAGCUGUAUCCCAGGAAUGUGCAGCAGUACAUGUCCUGGGCCCCUCAACAGCCUUGCUCACCACAGCUGAGUGAAGAGGAGGAGGAGGAGACACUGAGGACAGAUUUGGUUCGUUGGGCAAUCCCCUCUGGCUCCCUGACAGACCUUCAUUUUUACACUGGUAACAGACCAGAAAGUGAUGCCAGAGACCCUGAGUACCAACGAAGAGUGUACUACAGAUCUGGGGAUAACAGUUUUGAGGGCCAGCUUGAGAGGCCUUCAUUUGUACAUAAAAAGCUACGAGCCAGGAAUGCCCAGCACUCGCAGCAUCCUCUGAAGCCCAGAGUCAAAGCCAAGUUGGAGCCAUCCUUCACAGAAUCUGAUUCUGUGUCAGCAGCAUCCAGCAGUGACCAGCAGAACAGCAGCAAUGACCAGUACCUGCAGGUCAUGUCCAGUCAGGGCAGAUUCCUGAGGUCUGCCAGCCAGCUAGGCAGGAGGAAGGCCAAACCCAGGCAGGCGCUCCCCAUGGAUCUAAAUGAACUAAUUUGUUCAAAUGUCUAGACUUCUUUCAAUGCCUGUUCCUAAAGGCUGGACCUCUUUGGAAGUAUCGGGAGCACACAGCCCCACCCUUUCUGGAAGAGAGCCCGGUUCUGGGUGUUUUAGAGAUCUGUGGAACUUCUUUGGGUGACACUGUCUGAGGUUCUGAGACCGUGGGACUAUACCUUGCUAUUCACAGCAAUGGUGUGUGAGUGGCCAUUCCUGGUGUUUCCUUAUGUCUAGCACACAUCACCACAUCAGGCUGUCCUUUCAAGAAAACAUCCGGCCUUGAUUCCAUUCAGGGUGGCUUGCCAUACUCACCAGCAAGCUAGGCCUCUCACCAGGACUGCACAGACCAACCCUAACACUUGUUUAUCUUCAGUGAUAUGAGGGAGUGCUUUGCACUGUGCUCUUCCAACAUACAGGUAGUGACACUAUGUAGUGAGCAUCAGAACUCAGAUGGCCAUCCUUGACGUGUCCACUGUAUUUAGUUGAUGAGGACAAUCAGUUUAGUGGUGGCCAGAACAGUACACUGCAAGUUUAUCUAACUCUGUAUUAGUUAGUCAGGACACAGAGUAGACAGGAUUGCAAAUUCACACCUGGGGUUCCUUGACUCUUUUCACUGAGAAGAAUGGGGAUUGAGACUCAGUACCAUGCUCAGCUGAAACCAAGGCUCAAACAUCCCCAAGAACACUUGUCAUCUAACCUCUCUGUUCUGUUCCUGCUUGUUGACUUGUUUUCUCCCACUCCCAGUAGACUUCCUUCAGGUAAGUGGUGAAGAUUUCACAGCUACAGAGAUGCACAGCUUCCAGCCUCCACCGGAGCUGCAUUCCCUACUUCCCCUUGUUCCCUGGAGCCUCUGACUGGCCUUGUGCAGGGCUUGGCAGCAAUGUGUGCUCCAUCCCACAGUAACCAGCUGUGUGCCCUGACUCCUAAUUCCAUGUCACAUUUCAGAAGCUCUGACUUUUAACAUUUCUGUCUCCUCUAGUAUAUUCUGAGUGUCUCUGGAACAAAAAUGGCACCAUGGUUCUACAUUCCCAGUAACUGACACACAAUAAGAGCACAGCUCUCAAUCAGAUUAGCCAUGGGGACUCUCCACAAGUGGGAUUUCUCUGAAAACAGAGAGCAUCACAUUGAUAAUCCAAAGCACUGUAAACCAUGGGCAUAUACAAAGUCUGGAGCAAGGGAAAGGUUCCACCAGCAAAUGGAGCUUGCGUGAGCUGUUUCAGCCAAUUCUCCUUGUCAAUAAGAUCAACAACAAGGUUGGCACCAGCCCAAGGUCAGAGGGGUGUUCUUGAAGAGGUACAAUCUGUACAAAAUUGUGGUGCCCUUAUGUGUCAGGUUGUGGUCUGGCCCAAUUUUGUGAUCAUUUUCUGUUGUUGGGCAUAUGUGCAAUCCUCACUUCACAACCCCCACACUUCAUUUACUUACAUGUCAGUGCUCAACACAAGCAACCCCAUCUUGAUUUUUGUGAUUUUUCACCCCACAACAAUAAACAGAGUGGCUUAAUAGGAUUCCACUAAACAUCACACAGUUUCCAUGGCUUAGGAGCACAGGUACGACUGGCUGGGUCCUCUCCUCCAGGCAACAGCUGAAGCAUCAGCAAGUAUUGACAUCUCAUCAAAGGUCCCAGGUCAUCUUCCAGUCACAUAGAAUUCUUGAUCAAAUGUCCAGUCCUUGAGGUUCUAGAGGCUUCCUGCAUGUCUCUGCUGCUCAACACUCUACAGAGCAUGGCUGGUAGAUCUUUAUUGGCAGCUUAGUAUGGCUAUUUGGCUUCCAGUCCCUUUUGGCAGGGAUAAAUGGGCCUUCUUUUAAUAAGUGGCUUGAGUAGGCCAGGGCCACCCAGGAAACCCUGUCUUCUGAUUCCUAGAAGUUGGCUUGUGAAGAAUAUUAAUCACAGCACUAAAAUCACUUCACCUUUACUUCAUAUCAUAAGCCAGCCAUGGGGUGAAAGUUAAUACUAUUCAGGACAUCCCACAAGUCAUCCAUCCCAUAGAGGCAGGGAUCUUGGAGAUCUGCACACAUGCUUAAUACUUAGCCAGAUGUGAAUGGGUGAAUAGACCAUAUUGAUAACUGAAUCACAUGUGGCAAGGCCACUGGAUUAGAGGCCAAGAUAACUCCCAGUUCUAACCAGGAAAGUUUGUAAAAAUGUUGCUUCAUUUGCAAAGUCCACACUGAUAAUCCCCCUUACUAAACUCAUGAGGAGUGCACAGGUUUUCAAAUGGUAUGCCAUGUUGGUUCUAGGAGGUGAUGGUCUAGACUUAGUGUUCUACAGUGCCUGGCUUGUCAGAGGUACCCACAUCAGUGACACAGUGAGGAGGCCUCCUAUCCCAGGUUCUGAGGUUAGGACUGAAGCCUAAAGUUUCCUGGGACAUGGAAUUAGGUUAGGAAAGCCAGACCUACCUCCAGAUAUCUGCAGGAGCAGCAACCUGUGUGACGAGCAUAUCCUGGAACAUUCCAAGAAAACAGCCAUCUACCCCAUACCCAGGGCUGAAGUGUGAGUUCGGAGCAUGUUUAUGUAUAUGGCACCUUGUUUUGGGUGAUUCCCACUUGGAGAAAUUUAGGACACCGAACAAUACGAAACAGAGGGUGAUGAGCAUCCCUAUUCCCUUGUGAGGGUCAACAACGGUUUGUAUCUUGUUUCCAUGGAGCCAUUUAGCUCUUAAUAAUAAAGAAAACCCUAUAGUGCUGGAUUUGAAAGACUGAGACUGAUACAGGAGGACUUAACCAGAAGGUCAAGGUCAACCUGAGCUACAUAGUGUUAGGCUAGCGUGAGCAGCAAAAGAAUAUUAAGGAGAGAGGGAGAAAGGGAAAGAGAGAGAUCAUCAAAUUAUUCUCUAGCCCCCAUACUAGAAGUUCUUCCUUUCAUAUUAUCAUGAACUCAGUGUAUACACAUUCAAUAGAUCGUUGUAUUUAUGGACACUGAUACUGUAUGUAUGAAUAUGUGUGUAUGUGUGUGUAUGUAUAUAUAAAUAUAUAUAACAGAAGCAAUACCUAUGUCUUAAGUCAAUGCCAUUACUGUAUUUGUAUUUUGAAAUCUAUUAUAGAAAUAUGUACAGAUGAAACUCCCUAUGACAGCUGUUUAGUAUUUCAUUAUUAGGAUGAACUACAUAAUGUCUCUUCCUUUUCUACACGAAGGGUAUUGAAAUAAUUUCCAUAUAUUCCCUAUUAAAAAGUUGUACUAUAUUUCUUUUGUAUGUUUUCUUUGAAGUUAUUAGUCCUAUAGAGAAAAUUUUGAGCUUGCUGGAGACAAUCAUAUCAGGCUUUCCCAGUUUCCUCUGUAUUAUUCUUUGCAAGCCCAGAUGUUGCAUCCUCCUGCCUUGGCAGAUGACUGGAAUAACUUUCCUUACAAUCUGACCGAGCUUAAUUUUGCCGCAGUGUGUAAUUUCUGUCAAUCUGAUGAAAAUGUAAUAAAUCAAGUGGCUUUAA